CCUUAUUGCCAUCACCCCAACCGUGGUCGUUGCAAUUGAGUGGAGCGGUCAAACUUGAAAUAGAAAAAGGGUGAAAGGGGUAAUAAAGCCAAUGAAAAAAGGAAAAGGAAGAAGGAGAAAAAGGCUGGCAGUUUGGCACUACUACUACCCGACCCGAUAAAUAUGAAAUGGGCCCACUUCUAGUUAUCAUGUUCUUUCAUUCAUUACCUUUUUUGGACCCGAUGGCCCAUGGCUCAUAGUGAUGGCAAUUUCAAAAAGAAUCGCAUGUAUUAUCCGACCUGAUUCGUGAUGGGGCUGGUAUUACUCGAUCCGCAGUAGUGUGGGGUGGGGCAUGGGUAUCUACUUCCGACCCGCCUUGCCCCGUUCUAGACUCAUUUUAUCUCAAAUUCUUACAAUAUCUAUACAUAUUUUUCCUAUUUUGACUUUUCUUCAAAUAGUUGAGUCGAACUUUCAACUUGUUAGGCUCAAUUAUCCAUUUUAUUAUCAAUAUUUUUCAUUUUUAAAGUGUUUUUCCCUAUGUUUUAUUGUAAAAAGUAAAAUUUACUUGUAUUUUUUUUAACAACAUGUAAGAGUGGGUCGACCCGCCCCGUCCCGCCCCAUACCGCGCGGGUUUUACCCACCCCGAUCCGUAGCAGCAUGGGACGGGACAUAGGAAUUGAGAUACCCGCCCGUCCCGCCACAUUGCCAUCACCAAUGGCCCAUACCCCCAAAGAAAAGGAAAAACCUCAUCUUUAGGUGAAGGGUUAUGAAGGGUACCCCAGGUGAGUGCUAAAUGACCUAACUGGGCAAUCUUUAUGAGCUGUAUUGACAAAGAUUGUAGUGCUGGUUAAUUUCAAAAUUGUAGAUUAUUGGUGGUGCUGGCUUGCUAAUUAAGUUUGUAAUGAGAAUCAGAAGAGUAUGUCGAGAUGUAGAUGAUAAAUAAUUGGGGUUAAUUGCAAGGUUGGUCACUGAGAUUACUAAAAACGUUCAUGUUUGGUCACUGAAAAUAUUUAAUUUCAUUCGUGGUCACUUAAAUUAGUUAAACACUUCAUGUUUGGUCACUCUCCGUCCAACUCCGUUAACUUUUGCUUACGUGGCGGUCAACUUUAAAAGUUGAUCGUUAAAUGUGUGACAUGGCAAUUAAAAAUAAUAAAAUAAAUAAAAUUUAAUUUAUAAAAAUUUCCACCUAGGAUGUGAGUAAACUCAACAAGUGGAACUUGACUGACACUUUCGCAAUUGGGCCGGUGUUACAUGCGCCGACAACAGAGUUGUCGAGCUCCGUUUCUCCGGAUGGGUCUCCCCGGCGAGCUCUCUCUCCGACUGGGCAACCUCACCCAACUCAAUACUCUUUCUGUUCGUUUCAACGCGCUUAGGGGAGCAUUCCGACCGACAUCACAAAAGAAAACAAAACUUCAUCCAUCAAUUAGAUACAAGCAGCCACCUUUCGCCAGCCUUAACGAUCUGAUCAUCACCAAAGCCGAAGGAAGGGAGGUAAAUCGUUUGCGUGCCUCACUCAUUCUCUCUCCUUUGUCUCCACAGGCAAUGAAUUAACGAUGAACCCGUAAAAAAUAAAAAUGAAAAACUAAAAGGGUUCUCCCUUGUCUCUAUCUUCUCUCUAGUGUAAUGGCAGCCGCAGGGGGCAGAAUGGCGACCAUCCUUAAUAAUAAAAAAUAGAACGGCGACCAUCUUCGCUGUCGUCGACAGGAAUGGUGCUGGACAGUGUGGAGAUCGACAACAUUGUGGACGUGCCAAUCAACGACACGCCGCCGAGCAAGCCACAACUGCACAGAAUGUCGGCCAACAAUUUCGGGGAGUCAUUUUGGAGGACGACGAGUAACUUUGGCAACUUCGGUAUGUUGUUCCGCAGGACCAGCAGCAGCGUGCUGAAGAAAAUUGCUGAGAUCUCGCCCGACGGGGGUAAGAGCACCGCCACUGAGACUGGGAGGCAGCAGCGGGUGCAGAGGAGGGUGUCGUCCGAUGCCAGCCGGGCGGUCGGGAUCUCCGGGGAAGGGAUCUUCCUACCGAGGAAGGAGUGGGAGGAGGAUGCCCGGCGGUGGCUGUUGAGGCCGAUUAAUCUCACCGGCCACCUACGAGACGACGGGUUGUGUGAUUGUCGACUAUCUGGUUAUUCACAUCGAAAAUGUGAAAAAAUUAUAUUUUAUUUAUUUUAUUAUUUUUAAUUGUCAUGUCACACAUUUAACGGUCAAUUUUCAAAGUUGACCGUCACAUAAGCAAAAGUUAACGGAGUUGGACGGAGAGUGACCAAACUUGAAGUGUUUAACUAAUUUAAGUGACCACGAAUGAAAUUAAAUAUUUAUAGUGACCAAACAUGAACAUUUUUAGUAAUCUCAGUGACCAACCUUGUAAUUAACCCUAAAUAAUUGUUUCCAGUUGAUCAACGACGGACAUUCUCGUAGAAGACUGAAAAAAGUCAUACAUUAUAAGACUCUAUACAAUUGUGCAGUCUAAAUAGAUUAAUAAAAAUUUCAAAUUUUG